UUUUUACGCCAACCCCAUUGAAUACAUAAAUACCCCCAACCCUUUCCAUUCCCCUUCUCCUAUAGCUAGUCCCAAUUUCUCUCUCUCUCUCUCUCAAAAUACACAAACAAAAGAAAGAAGAGAAAACGAAGAAGCAAAGUUGCAGAAGCGGAGGAGGGAGGGAGGGAGAGAAGAUCAAUCAUUCAAUUGAGAAUGAGUUGCAAUGGGUGUAGGGUUCUUCGUAAAGGUUGUAGCGACGACUGCCCGAUAAGGCCGUGCCUUCAGUGGAUCAAAUCGGCCGAUGCCCAGGCCAAUGCCACCAUGUUCCUGGCCAAGUUCUACGGCCGUGCCGGACUCCUCAACCUCAUUAAUGCUGGUCCCGACCACCUCCGACCUGCUAUAUUCAGAUCACUUCUUUACGAGGCAUGUGGGCGGAUCAUAAAUCCGAUAUACGGGUCAGUCGGGCUGCUAUGGUCUGGCAACUGGGCACAAUGUCAAUCUGCGGUCGACUCGGUCCUAAAGGGCACCUCCCAGUUCAUGCAAAUCCCCUCCUCCGACAUAUUGGGUGGGACGGCCGAGCUAGCGGUCCGGGCGCUUAAGUGCUCAUGUGACAUCCGUCACAUCAAGAAGUCCGCCUCAUCAGUCUCGCAGGACCUCCGCAAGGCCCACCACCGCACACAGUACAAGCGGAUCAAGCUCGACUCAGAGCUGGACGUACCGAAACCCAGCCUAUGGAUCUGUCCCGCCCCAAUCUACGAGGAGACAAGCCACCGGGAAAACGUUAGCACAGAGGAUGAGAGUAACUUCUCUGCUGAGACCAUUGAGGAUUCGCUCGUGGCAAUGGUAGCAAAGGGUACCAAGUCGGAGCAGAUCUGGAAGUUCAGCGGGCCAACGGUCGAGAAGAUGCCUGCGGCUAACCGUGAGAGCACACUCGGGUUGGAGCUAACCCUGGGACUGAACCUUCGAGGGGUCCAUGGUCAAGUAGGUACAUCGAUCGAGCAGUUUUCUGGCCCCUAAAGCGUGACAUAGAUAUAUAUAUCAUCUGGACAACAAUAUCAUUUCUACCUGACUUAAUUUCCCAUGUUACUUUUUUUUUCUUUUGGUUACAAUUUCUUAUGUUACUUAUCAUACAUUAUUACUAUUAUAUAUAUAGUCCAAGUACAUUUUGCUUCAUCCUAUAUGUUCUCAACA